AAGGAACCAGAUUCUUUCUUUGAACCACAUAAAGGACCUAUACCACGUUCAUUCUACAGGCAAGUGUUAUUUAAAAAGCGACCUCCAGUCUUCUUUACGCGCAUCCCAACCCUAAUGCCUCCUUAACUAUGCUGCCUGCAACGAUAGAUUCACAGCACCCUCCAGCAACAUGUACGGCUUUUUCCAGACAGACUCCCAGCACCCUUCAGCCCGAACGUCAACAGCUACAAGACCGUCCACCACCGUGUCAAGAUCAACAGGGUAUACAUUUAUAGACGACGAAUCCCCCCGUCUCAGUGUUGCCCUUGGACCUGAAUUCGUCAUUCCGGAUCACCUUUUGUUUAGCGAGAGUACUCUCGUCGAAUCCUUCUCUUACUGGGAAGGAAACAGUGGAAUCAGCCUAGAUGAUUCAACUCCACCUCCUAUACCACCAAAAUCGAUUCAUCGACGACGACACUCUGCGGAUGAGAUGCUCUCCACCACGAAUGGGGCGCCAAAGGGACAUGUAGCUGACGCUCCCCGGGAACGCGAUGGCACCGUGAUGGGCACCUGCAAGAAAAACGCCUGGGGCUCAAAGUUCUCGGAGGACCUCCAGUCGGAAAGGCAGGAGAUUCCACGGGGUGCUCCAGCUCCAGCCCCAGCCCCAGAUGUACCACGACACGUCGCUUUUGCGGAUAGCACUACGGUCGAGCCAGUAUCACCUAGACGGACGCCCCUUCGAUCGGAUGCUUCGCACGGGCGUUGGCGCAGUCCAUCGCCCUUCGUCGAAAGGAAAUGGCGGGGUCUACGCCUGAAAGAACUCCUAUGCAUGGUGGACUAAAUGCGGUCGUUGGCCUUGGAGGGUUCCGGGACAUAGAUUGGUGAGUUGGGCAUCGGGUGCUUGUUGCAUUUACGAGGAAUUUGUACAUAGCGGGUUCUACCACCA